GUCCCAAGUUUGUUCCGAUGUUCCUGUUUUCCUUAGUCCCGGUCACCUUUGACGCCAGCCUUACUCCUGUUAGAGUGAAUCCCGCCGCGCCCUCGUUUGCCCUAAAAGAGGAGCAUCGCCAUUUUCGCUCGUUAUCGUCUCACUUCCGUUGCUGUAAAGACGCUACGCUAGCCAGUUCGUAACUUCCACUUCCUCGUCUUUUCUGAUUCGUCCGAUACGACUCUGCUGAGAGCCCAGAAGUGGUUCAUUGCUCGCUACCUUUCGCCGCAGUCCGCGCCCUCCGCUGUCUCGUAUCCCUUCCCUCCUGCUAGCUUCCACUUCCGCACUCUGAAGCGUUCCCACAGCGCUGGUCGUGCGAGCCGUGGCAGCGUCCCCACUGCAUGGCAUGGCCGUAUGAGCUUAUGCACUCCCACCACCGACCCUCCCGCUCCCAAGCCAAGUCCAGCCGCUCCUCACCCAUGCCACGUCAGCACGUUCGGACGUACCACGAGGCCCAGAGGCCGCACCCCUCGCAGGGGUCUUCCGCCGUGCCUGUGACGGGGGGCGAGCGCGCGGCUGCAGCGGCCGCACGGGGGGGCAGUGCGGAGCCCGCGCGGCCCGUCGCGGGCAACCUGGAGAGCUUCCUGGCGCACGUCACCCCGCACGUCAAACUGCAGUUCCUCCCCCAGGACUGGGACGAGCACCACCACAACGGGCUUCACCCCAAGCACCCGCGCGCGUCGUCCCCGUCGCCUUUCUUCGUGCUGGGCGACCUGUGGGACGCGCUGGAGGAGUGCAGCGCAUACAGCGCCGCCGUGCCGCUGCACCUGCCCUCAGGCGCGCCCGCCACGCAGCACUACGCACCCUCCAUCUCCGGCCUCCAGCUCUUCUCCCGCCUCCCCGCCCCCGCUCCCCUGCACGCCCCGUGCAUGCACGCUCACAGCCCACCGGAGCAGCCCAGCUUGGCUUCCUCUCUCCACUCCACGUCCUCCCCCUGGGAGGAAUACUUAGAGGAGGGUGGCAACGGCACGUGCGAGGGCAGCGCGGACUCAUGGUGCCGCGACUGCAGCGGGGGCCAGCCGCUGCUGGAGUUCUUUGAACACGCGCCGCCCCACUCUCGCCCGCCGCUCUUCGCCAAGGUGGCGGAGCUGGAGAGGGACUGCGCGCUGCUCACACGCACCUCCAGCUUCCAGCUGCAUCCGCGCAGCUGGUUGGCCAUCGCAUGGUACCCAGUGUACAGCAUUCCCACGGGCCCCGCCACUCGAGACCUCGCCGCCUCCUUCCUCACCUUCCACAGCCUCUCCUCGCCGCUGCCCUCCUCUGGUUCCUGCAGCAGGUGUAGAGAUAGGUUCUGGAUCGCCCCCCCCUCGCUUCCCCUCUACCACCCCGUCAAACAAUUAAGCCAGCUGCCUGGUCAAAUAUCCUCGGAUUUUUCAGCUGCCCGUGCAAGCGAGGGCAGGCCACGAGGAACUCUUUUGGCUCCUCUGGUGCCCUUUGGCUUUGCGGGGUACAGGAUGUGGGGCAGUGUGUGGGCGGACCGGGGGGCCGUGCAGGCCUUGGAGUCCGCAGCGGCGCAGUGGCUCCGCCAGAUCGACGCAAACCUGCCCGACCACGCCUUCUUUUCAAUGCAACGAUAGACGGAAUGUAUUAGUGUGCAUCUUGCUUAUUACACAAUUUAUUGGCGCAUUAUACAUCUCAGAUCAGUGUACUACUGAAUCUCGGAGCAUCCUCAAACGGCAGCAUUGUGCGGACUUCGCCUCCCCCGCACUCCCCUGCAUGACACACCAGCUCGCAUUCAAAGCUCCCCCCUCCACACCACAUCCCCGCAUUCGUAUUUUCGCGCCAUUUAUUUUCCCUCCGCGAUUACGCACGUCGCAUGCAUCAGCAUCCUCGAUUUCGUCUGCGCGCUCUGCUUACCUCCACGGCACCUGCCAUGUAUUCACCGCAGCAAUUCCCAGCGCCGCUUCGCAGCUGUCGGCCCUCUCCUUCCUUUCACGGUGCCAUUUCCGUUCACCUCGUCUACUCCCCCUAAUCCCCCCCCGAUGCACACCGCAACUCACUCUUCUCGUGCCCGACAAACCGCGCCGGUCGCCGGUGCGAGGGCGAGUGGGGCAGGAUACGAUAAUAGCGAGGGGGAGGGAGAUGCGCGCGUUUGUGGAACACUGCACGUGCGUGGCGCCCGGCGAGAGACGGCCCGUUGCACGGGCUGACGUUCGCCGUCAAGGACAUGUGCG